AUGUCUUUUAUAUUUGGAAGUUGUGGUGAGUGUGUUAACACAACAGGUGUUAAGUGCGAAUGGUGUUCGGAAAGUGUGUCUUGUCAACCGCCAUCGUCACCUUGCAUGUCCCAGUCGCCAGUUUCUAAAGUAAAGUUAUGCCCAAGUGUAAUGGACAGCCGAGGGAUUCAUUUUAUACCAAAUGGUGUCUUAACUAAUGUUUCCUUACUCGCAAAGAAUUUACCUGUUUCAUCAAAUAUUAAAUACAGCUGUAUCGUGCCGAAAGCACUGGUCUAUGUACACGCAAACAGACAUGGCAACAAUGUAUCUUGUGGAUUAAAU